GACAAAGGCGAGGGGAUGGGCGCCACCGGGCCGGGGCGAAAGCGAGGUCUGCUGCCUAAUCAAGAAAUCAGCCGGCCGGAGUGGAGAGAGCCCCCGGUAUCCCGGAAAACCAACGUCCGCGGCCACCUGUUUCGCCCGCCGCCGCCGGCCGCCCUCCCCUAUAUUAACCCACCACCCCUCCUCUUCUCCACCUCAACACAGCGUGAGUGCGUGACAGCUUCGAUCAGUGAUCACAACGAUCACCAAGCAAAGCAAGCCCUCGAGUACACCAAGGAGGCAAGAGAACCAGGCGGCGAGACCGGAGAAGAAGAACCUAGCAGAAAGCAGAUGGCCGGUGCGGCUAAGGCGUCGUGGAUGGUGGCGAUGAGCGUGGGCGCCGUGGAGGCGCUCAAGGACCAGGCCGGCCUCUGCCGCUGGAACUACGCGCUGCGCUCCGUCCACCGGGCCGCCAAGGCCAACGCCCCCAGCUUCGCGCAGGCCAAGAAACUGGCGGCGGCGGAGAGAAGGCGGGCGGACAAGGCGGAGGAGGGCAUGAGGACCGUCAUGUACCUCAGCUGCUGGGGGCCGAACUGAGCUCGGGUUUCGGCGGUCGGUCUCUGUUUUGGCUUUCGGCGACUGAGCUCGGAUUUAGAUCUGGGCUGGCCGGUUGCCUGAUUGUAACAUAUACUAUACUACGAUGAUGAUGAUGAAAAGUUCUCUCACUGGGUUUCAGUAUAUGAAUGCCUAAAUGCUACUGUACUGGAAUGAAAAUAAAAUUGCUCUUCAGUUCAUAACAA